AUGAAGGGCUCUCCCACCUUCCCUCCAGAUGGCUGUCUCCUCCCUCUGCUCCUCCUGGUGUCCAACACACUCCUGGGAGAAAAGUCUUUGUUUUCUGUGAAGGGACAAACUGAGCCCAUCACGGUCCUGCUUGGGGCUAAGGCCACUCUGCCCUGCCAGCUGUCUCCUGCACAGAGUGGGACAUCUCCCAUGCACAUCCGCUGGUACCGUGCCCGCCUCACCCCUGCUGUGCUGGUGUUCCACGAUGGACAGGAGCAAGGAGAUGUGCAGAUGCCGGAGUACCGAGGAAGAACCCGGCUGGUGAGAGAUGCCAUCGCCACGGGAGAUGUGACUCUGCAGAUACAGCAAGUCCAGGCUUCUGACGAUGGUCUGUAUCACUGUCAAGUUACACAUGGCUUCACCUCCCAAGAGGCUGUGAUUGAGCUCUGUGUCAAAG